UUGUUAUUUGUGAAUAAACUCAUGUAACAUUUCUGAAAUGCGACAUAAUAAUAAAAUCAUACAAAUAUAAAUGUUUUUAAUACGUACACAAUUAUUAUUUUCCUGUGAUGCUAUAAGGUUUUCUUAAUUAUAAAAAGCUCUUUGUUGUGGAUGAAUACGUUAUCUAAACCAAACAAGUCAGUUUAUGUCAUUGGUUUUUAUGUUACAAACCAUCGUAAACUAUUCAGACCUUCCUUGUUGGCUAUAACUUAUUAAAAACAUUAUAUUACAACGUUUAUUAAGACAAAUUAAGUAAAGAUGUCCAAAAAACCUACUUCAGGAAAACGGGGGGGUAAUCUAUCACAGUUUGGCCUCAUAGAUAUACCAGAUUUGGAUGAUGCAGAUGUGCCAAUGGAUCUAUCAGAUGAUGAUGUAGACCUUGAAGCAGAACUGGCAGCUAUCAGUGGUGGUAAAAAACCUCUACCCAGAAAACCGGCUCCUGCAGCUCACGCUGACCUUGAUGCUAUGGUAGCAGCUAGUUUGAAAGACAUCCCAUCAGAUGAAGAUGUUUCAGGAGACGAAGACGACCCAGACCUACUCAAUGAAUUGCAAGAGCUAUCUAUAGACGAUGAAGCACCUCCUGUUGAGCGUCCACGCACUAACCGCCCUGCACCUCCACCACCUUCGGGCAAUGAGAAUAGCACAGUAACUCUGCUACAGGAAAGACUAUCCAAUUAUACACUUGCUGAAAAGACAGCCAAAGAGAAUGGGGAGAGCAGUCGAGCUAGAAGAUUCAAUCGGGGUAUCAAAACUCUGAACGAUCUUCUGAAGCAGGCAAAGGCUGGGAGAGCCAUCAAGGAUGAGGAUAUACCUCCUCCCGUCAGCCUCGGCAAGUCUUCGGAUUCUGAACAAGCACCUAGUGAACCAGCCCCCCCGACUGACCCGGAACCUCCGAUGCCUCCCCCUCGCUCGUCGUCCGCUCGGCCCACGGCUCCCGAGCGUCCGCCGACGCCCCCCGAGCCCAAGGAGCCGCCACCACCACCACCCGUACUUGAAGAAAUUGAUCCUGCGAAAGCCGAAGGGUUAAAAUUCAUUUUGAAUCGAAAGGAGGAAUUCAAAGCUGCCGCAUUGGCAAGUAAACAAGCCGGCGAGAAGACAAUGGCCUUAGAAUAUUUGAAGGUAGUCAAACAGUUCGACAUUGUGAUCGAAGCUUACAAGUCCGGUCAAGACAUGGAUCUUAACGAGCUUCCCACACCGGAGAUCAUCGCAGCAGCAUUCAGAGAACAGCAGAAGGGCGAGGACCAGACUCAACAUUCAGCGGAGCCAGCAUCAGAGCAAGUACCUGAACCAGCUGGGUUGAUAACAGCUUCCACUGUUGAUGAGGCUCUACGACAGAGGCUUGCUUGUUUCCAGGAACAAGAAUCGAAAGCUAAGGAGGAUGGGAAUACGUCAAAGGCUCGUCGAAUGGGGAGAAUAGUGAAGCAAUACCAGGAUGCUAUCAAACUUCAUAAGGCAGGGAGACCUAUUCCCGUUGAUGAACUUCCUACUCCCAACGGGUACGCACCCAUACCCACUGAGGGGUCUCACGCAUCUCCAAGUAAACCGGCACCGGCUGCUCCAGCUCCAUCACCAGCCCCAUCAUCAUCUCCAAGCUCUCCAGCCGCGGGGGCGGUUCCGUCUGCGCAGUCUACCCGCUAUCAGAAGCAGCUGGCCCUAUUGCUGCACCGACAGAAGCAGUUCAAGGAGGCUGCUAUAAUGGCAAAGAAGGAUGGUGACAUAGAGCAGGCGAAGGAUUACUUGCGCACCGCGAAGGGCUUCGAGUCCGUGAUAGAAGCGGCUCGCGGGGGGCUCGCCGUCGACCUCAAGUCGCUGCCGCUGCCGCCCAGCGACAAGAAGCGGAUCGAGGACACUUUCGACGUAAUAUCAAACGAAGACUGCGGUCCUCCAGACGACUCUACCAUAAGCUUAGACGACGAGGAUGUAAUGAGUCGCCUCCACCAACAGCUUACGAGCCAGCUAAAGCUCUGUCUAACCAACAGAGACCACUACAAGGCGAUGGGCAAUAUAGCUGAGAGCAAUCGCUUCGAGCACCUCGCUGUUAAUGUGAAACAGGACUUGGACGUCGUCAAAGUUUCCAAAAGUCUAGGUGAAAACCCGCCGAAAUUCCAUUACGAGAACCGUAAGUUUUCGGUAAUACAAUGCAAUACGGACCUUAACGAGAACGAUUUAGAGCUCACAAUCGUGCGCGGGAUAGCGUACAACGUACCCAACCCUAAAGAAGUGGAUACAUAUGUGAAGUUUGAAUUUCCGUAUCCUCAAGAAACUCCUGUGUCAGAUAAGACACAGCUGAUCAAGGACACAAACAGCCCACAAUACUCGGCCAUCUUCAACUUGGCCAUACAGCGGAGCGCUAGGCCUUGCUUGAGGGUGUUCAAACGACAUGGCAUCAAAUUCGAAGUUUACUCCAGGGGGUGUUGCAGCUCUAGCUCGUUGUGUUGCAGCGGCUGGUUCAGCCGAGACUCGCUGUUGGGGACCGUCACCGUCAAACUGGCCCCGCUAGAGACGCAGGUCACCAUACACGAGGCCUUUCCACUAAUGGACGGGCGCCGGCCUGCAGGCGGCUCGCUGGAGCUCCGCCUGCGCGUGCGCACUCCGCUGCUGCAGCAACACAUCGAGCACUCCAGCCAUCGCUGGCUCGUCGUCGACAACUAACGCUCGCCGCUCGGUGACAGCUUCGUACUUGUAUUGAACAAGUACGCUUUAACGUUGUAUUCGUAGAGAUAUAGAAGCUAAAGAGUAGCGGGCUUAUAUUUCUUUGUAUCGAUGAGCCUAAGGGCGUGGACACAUGUCUACGGUGCGGCGCCGGCCCCCGUGUAACGGCUCAGCGCCGGUACCGGGGGAGGCUAGUUGCCGGCGCCGCACCGUAGACAUGUGUCCACGACAUCAUCUAUAACUCAUGAUCUUAUUAUCUCAAAUUAAAGAGCUUAAUGAGCUUUUCAUACCCGUUUAAGUUUAUGCUAUUUUUAUUUAAAUAAAGAACACAAUAUAUUUAAUAUUUAGUGCACAGAAGUUAAGUUAGCAUCAGAUUACUGGUGGUAGAGCUUUGUGCAAGCUCGUCUGGGUAGGUACCACCCACUCAUCAGAUAUUCUACCGCAAAACAACAGUACUUGGUAUUGUUGUGUUCCGGUUUGAAGGGUGAGUGAGCCAGUGUAAUUACAGGCACAAGGGACAUAAAAUCUUAGUUCCCAAGGUUGGUGGCGCAUUGGCUAUGGUUGACAUUUCUUACAAUGCCAAUGUCUAAGGGCGUUUGGUGACCACUUACCAUCAGGUGGCCCAUAUGCUCGUCCGCCUUCCUAUUCUAUAAAAAAAAGAAACAUUUCACGCAAACGUGACAAAUUGUUAUAAUCGAAGUUGACCUUGAAUUUGAAUUUUACUUUGAAAUUUCAUUUUAAAAAGUUAAGUCCUAUGCUUAAACAAAUAAUAUUCAUAUAAUUCCGUUCAUUUGUAAAAAAUGUAUUUAUACUUAUUAACGAAUUUGUAUAUAUUUAAAAUUUAAACAAAUUGAUUAUAUGAAAAAAGGGUAGGUUAUUUUUAUAUUUGACAUAGAUCUGUAUAUGUAUAAAAUAUAAUUAAGUUGUUUUUAUAUCACAUGAAAAUUGGUUUUAAGUCUAUUGAUUUUGCAUUUCUUUUAAAUAAUAACUUAAUAUAUAACUGUAAAACUGCUAUGUACAUCGUUGUAUAGAUGUUUUUAAUUUGAAUUAAAUAUGACUAUUUCCUGUUCAUAAUUUUGCUUAAGAGAUUUUUGUUAUCUGUGCAGUUUCCUUAAAAGAAUGAAAUUGUUAUUGUAUUGAAAAUAUUUAAGUAACUACAUAUAUUCAAUAUUAUUUCUGUAUAUAAUAAUCUUUUCAUAGGAUAUGGGGACGUUUGAUUGUUUUUCUUUUAAGCGAAUUCUGAUAAAUUUUAAAAUAACAAAUAAAUAAACAAAUUUUAUACAUGAAUCGCAAUGUACCCAGUCAUAUACUUUUAUAUGUUUGUAUUCUAUGUUCGAAUAAUUAGGUAGAAUUAAUAAAAAUAUAAAUUAAUUACUUAUUAGAGAUUUUAAAAUCACUUUGGUUAAUUUUUUUCUGUAAUUCGAAAUUAUUUUAUUGCAAAAUACCCAAUUGAAAAUCAUCAUAAAAAUAGGUACAGCAUUAAGCUUCAAGUACCUAAUAGCUUAUGUUAUGGUUGUAGAUAUUGUUAAUUUAAUUACCAAAUAUAAAAUAUAUGUACAUUAAAAAUGA